UCCCCAGACGUAGUUCCUGUUGCAUUCAGCCGGUGAUCAUAACCAAAAAUCGCGUCAAGAUGUUGAUUUCAACCCAAUCCCCGGGGACUGUCGUUGGUGUCACAGCCUUUCUCAUCGCUUUGGACAUUGCUGUCGUUGUUAUGAGAUAUUAUGCCAAAAGAUUGAGACAACAACCUUUGAAGACAGAGGACUGGUUCUGUUUUGUGUCUUUGAUCUUGGCUAUGGGUCUAGCAGCGGUUUUGUUCAUUGGCGUUGGGAAAAAGGCUUUGGCGUAUCCGACACCGCAGUUGGCCUCGAGAACCCCCCUUGCUGAGUCAAAUGACAGGAUAAUUACUUCUUCGCGUUUACAAUACAUCUUUGUGGUAAUAUCGGUACCAACGCUGGGCUUGAUUAAUCUUAGUGUCUUGACGUUUUAUCGACGCAUAUUCGUCAUUGACAGAAGUAACUUGAAGGAUUUCCGCAAUGCUGUGUACUUCGGCAUGAUGGUAGCCAUUACAUUGUGGACUGGAGGCUUUUUCUUAUCGUUCAUGUUUGCCUGCAAAGGUCACUUUACCGCCUGGUGGACAUCGGCUAUCAGUUUGAUAACAAAUUGCGUCAAUACCCUGGAACUUGUUUUCGCUUAUGCGAUCUCCGAUUUUAUUACAGAUGUUUCCAUAAUGCUUCUACCCAUACCUUCGGUUAUGAGUCUGCAUCUACCUACCGCCCGAAAGAUUGGCGUGAUGUUUGUCUUCCUACUUGGAGCACUCGCUAUUCUGGCUUCCACAAUCAGAAUGGUAUCAAUAAUCUGGGCACGCCAAUUAGGGUUCAACCCUUCAAUUGACGAGGACCUUCUCAUCACCGACAUGAUUUUCUGUUCUAUGCUUGAAGUAGCUUUCGGCAUCAUUGCGACUUGUCUCCCUACUCUUCGCCCACUGGUACAGACCAAGUCCAUCAAUUAUAUUCUGUGA